CGUGACCAUCGCCAACAUCCAGUCCUGAACUCUCUCGCGCUCUCUGCCAGUAAGACGCCAAGACUGCAGCACGUGCAUCCGAAGCUGCAGAGCUUGGGCCACUGACGUCCUGUUGAUUGAUCAAUUGGAGCUUCAUCUUUGUGCCCCGACCGGGACCGCACUGCGGCGCAAGGCUAUUGUGACAAGAACCCCAACCUCAUUUUGGGACGAAAGAAUCAUCGUUUUUGCGGUUAAUUGUAAUCAGUUCCUCGACGUCUCAAAAGCCGCUUCGCAGCCGCUGCCGGUACCCUCCCAUCGCCACAGCAACUCCCACAACCGUCUCGCCAUGUCCAGCCAACCUCUGCUCCAAACGGCCCCAGGCAAGCGCAUUGCGCUCCCGACGCGCGUCGAGCCCAAAGUCUUCUUCGCCAACGAGCGCACUUUUUUGUCAUGGCUCAACUUCACCGUCGUGCUCGGCGCCCUGGCCAUCGGCAUGCUCAACUUCGGAGACCGCCCGGCCUUCAUCUCGUCUUUUCUGUUCACGGGCGUCGCGAUGGCCACGAUGAUAUACGCCCUCAUAACGUACCACUGGCGGGCGAAAUCGAUACGGAUGAGGGGCCAGGCCGGGUUCGACGACCGAUUCGGCCCGACCUUCUUGGCCAUCAUCUUGCUCCUUGCCGUCAUUGUGAACUUCGUUCUUAGAAUUACCUACUCGUCUCAGGACCGGAAGUCUUGAAGAGGCAGCAUGCGGAGGACUUGUAACGGACUGGACAGGGCGAGCACGUCGCGGUCGGGGGUGUGCUGUUGUAUCAGUGCAGCUGUAUUAUGAAGGGUCGUUUCGAAUACAAGAUGGCAGUGCAGGCUGUAGGUCAUGUCAGGAAUUUUUGGGGGGGACCUGGUGGCACGGUCAUGGGAACGGGACAUUGCUUGCAUUUACACGGGGCUCAUGAAGUCAGCGUUGUUUAGAGAUUGGGCAAUCCGCGUGGCAUGGAAUCAUUCUUGAACACUUUGAGGUCUCGUAGCCUGGUGUCACAGACUGGUCGUGGAGGGCAUCCGGAAACAAUAUUGUAGGCUGUAUAAGCAGACACCCUGCGGUCUAGAAUCUGUUGGGUAUCAUGGUAAUGUUCAGGUCCUAUCUCCCCCUGUCAAGUUCCGAGAGGACUCCUUCGCUG